AUGGUCAGAACCUCUGCGCUUCUGACGCUCCUGGCUACUGCCGCCACGGCGGUUGUUGGUCAGGACGCCGAGAUCGGCAAGGAACAGCCCGCCAUUCCUGGUGCUUUCAUCAUUGAGUUUAACGAGGGUUCGAACAGCAAGGCCGCCGUUAGUGAAGUCGCCCAAGAUGCCACUGUCCGCGUCGACCUCGACUUUGAGCUGUUCAAGGGCGUCUCUAUUCAGCUCAACGACGUCAACUCUGCCGAUGAAAAGGCCAAGAAACUCGCCUCCCUACCCGCCGUAAAAAAUAUCUGGCCCGUCAAGCUGGUGCCCCGUCCCGACCCGACCAUCGAGUGGGUGGCCACCCAGGGCCUGGAGGCGCUGGUCGACAAGAGCGGAGCGAACAUUAUCGACUCCCGCGACACCGCUGAACCCAUUAGCAGUGCCCAGCGCAUGGGUCAGAUUGACAAAAUGCGUGCCAAGGGUUACAAGGGCCGCGGCAUCAAGGUUGCCGUUGUUGACACUGGUAUUGACUAUAAACAUCCCGCCCUCGGUCGCUGCUUUGGCGAGGGCUGUCUCGUAGGCUACGGCUACGACUUGGUCGGUGAUGCUUACGGCAGCAACGGCAACUACCGUCCCGUGCCCGACAACGACCCCAUGGACUGCGGCGGCCACGGCAGCCACGUCGCCGGCAUCAUUGCCGCCCAGCCCAACGAGUACAACUUUACCGGCACGGCCCCCGACGUCACUCUCGGCGCCUACAAGGUCUUUGGCUGCUCCGGCAGCACUGGCACCGACGUCCUCAUUUCCUCCUUCAACAAGGCGUACCAGGCCGGCUCCGACAUCAUCACCGCCUCCAUCGGCGGCCCCUCUGGCUGGGUCGACGAGCCCUGGGCGCUGAGCAUCGCGCGCAUUGUCGCCCGCGGUGUUCCCUGCACCAUUGCCGCCGGCAAUGAAGGCACCGCGGGUCUGCUUUUUGCCAGCAGCGGAUCGACCGCCAAGGGCUCCGUCGCCGUGGCUUCCUUUGACAACACCGACACCCCCAGCCUCGCCAACGUCAACUACUACAGCGUCGACGGCGGCUACAAGCAGCAGCUUCUCACCACCGGCUCUUCCAAGGAUGCCUGGGACGGCGUCACUCUCGACCUCUGGGCCGGCAGUUACGACACCACAAAGGCCGACGAUGGCUGCAAGGCUUAUCCCGCCGACACGCCGGACCUGAGCGACAAGAUUGUCCUCAUCCACCGUGGCACCUGCUCCUUUAACGACAAGGUCAACUUUGCCACGGCCAAGGGUGCCAAAUACGUCAUCAUCUACAACAAUGCCCCUGCUCCUCUGUCCAUGGACGUCACCAACACGCCCUUGGCCAAGGGUAUUACCCUCAUUUCGCAAGACGACGGCGUUACUUUGAUCAACCUGCUCAAAGAUGGCAAAAAGGUGACGGCCUCGAUGAACAGCUCGGCUAAGUCGGCCAAGGUGCUUUCCUACAAGGAAAACACAGUCACUGGCGGCGGUCUGAGCAGCUUCACCACCUGGGGCCCCUCGUGGGAGCUCUUUGUCAAGCCCGACGUCGGCGCACCUGGCGGUAACAUUCUGUCCACGUACCCCACGGCCAAGGGCUCCUGGGCCGUCCUGUCAGGCACGUCCAUGGCCACGCCCUUUGUGGCCGCCUCGGUCGCGCUGCUCCUCGAAGUCCGCGGCAAGAAGCUGCCGCCCGCCACCAUCACCAAUCUGCUGUCCGCCAACGCCAACCCGCAGCUGUUCAACGACAACACAAAGUUCCUUGGCAAGCUGGCGCCGGUACCGCAGCAGGGCGCCGGCCUGGUGCAGGUCUACGACGCGGCGUUUGCCACGACGCUGCUGGAGCCGUCCAACCUCGCCUUCAACGACACGGCCAACUUUGUCAAGAAACUCACCUUCAAGGUCAGCAACACGGGCAAGGAGUCAGUCAGCUACGACAUUAGCCAGGUCUCCGCCUACACUAUGUACGCGCUCGGCACGUCGGGCACCCACAUCAAGGCGUUCCCCAACGAGGCCGUCGACGCAUACGCCAAGCUCAGCUUCAGCCAGGACAAGCUGACGAUUGCCGCGGGCAGCUCAGCCUCUGUGGACGUGACUGCCUCGCCGCCCGAGGGUGUCGACCCUAAGCGCCUGCCUAUCUGGUCUGGCUACGUAACCAUCAACGGCACCGACGGCACGUCGCUGUCGAUGCCGUAUCAGGGCGUGUCGGGCUCACUCAAGGAGCACGUCGUCGUCGACCCCACGGGCGCCAGCUGGAUCUCGUGGAGCAAUGACAAGGAACUCAAGGCGCUACCCGUCAACACGACGUUUUCGCUGCCCGCGCCCGGCAAGGCCACCGGUCAGACGCGUCUUCCCAUGUUUGUCAUCAACAUGUCGCUCGGCUCCAAGAACAUCACGGGCCACCUGCAGCCCAUGACGACGUGCCCGCCCAAGGGCGCCUACGAGUACAAGGGCUACAAGACGAUUGGCCAGCCGUUUGAUUUCCCGCUGCUGUUUAGCAGUCGCGGCCCUGUGACGAGUCCUUGGGACGGGCAGCUCGAGAGUGGUAAUUAUGCGCCGCCGGGCAAGUAUCGCCUGAUUAUCCGUGCGCUGCGCGUGUUUGGUGAUCCGAAUAAUGAAAAGGACUGGGACACGUCGGUUGGUAACCGCUUCGUGAUUAAGUAUGAGUAG